CUGUGUGGAACUACAUUUCCCAGGAGGCUCAGCGGCGCAACCGGAAGUGCUUGGUAGCCCCUACCCUGGGCGCCCAUCGUCGCUCCUAGGAUCGCCAUGGCGCCCACUAUCCAGACUCAGGCGCAGCGGGAGGAGCCGGGCCACAGGCCCAACUCCCACCGGACACUCCCCGAGAGAUCAGGGGUGGUGUGUCGAGUGAAGUAUGGAAACAGCCUUCCUGACAUCCCCUUCGACCCCAAGUUCAUCACCUAUCCCUUUGACCAAAACAGGUUUGUCCAGUACAAAGCCACCUCCCUGGAGAAGCAGCACAAACACGACUUGCUGACGGAGCCCGACUUAGGGGUCACCAUAGACUUGAUCAACCCCGACACCUACCGCAUCGACCCCAACGUUCUUCUGGACCCAGCUGAUGAGAAGCUGCUGGAGGAAGAGAUCCAAGCGCCAACCAGUUCUAAACGCUCCCAGCAGCAUGCCAAGGUCGUGCCCUGGAUGAGGAAGACCGAAUACAUCUCCACCGAGUUCAACCGCUAUGGAGUCUCCAACGAGAAGCCGGAGGUGAAGAUCGGCGUCUCAGUCAAGCAGCAGUUCACAGAAGAAGAAAUCUACAAGGACAGAGACAGUCAAAUAGCGGCUAUCGAGAAGACCUUUGAGGACGCACAGAAGUCGAUUUCUCAACACUACAGCAAACCUCGGGUGACUCCUGUGGAAGUCAUGCCGGUGUUCCCCGACUUCAAGAUGUGGAUCAACCCCUGUGCUCAGGUCAUCUUUGACUCUGACCCGGCGCCCAAGGACACCAGCGGGGCCGCCGCCCUCGAGAUGAUGUCUCAGGCUAUGAUCAGGGGCAUGAUGGAUGAGGAAGGGAACCAGUUCGUAGCCUAUUUCCUGCCGGUGGACGAGACGAUGCGGAAGCGGAAGCGCGACCAGGAGGAAGAAAUGGAUUACGCCCCCGAGGACAUAUACGAAUAUAAGAUCGCCCGAGAGUAUAACUGGAACGUGAAGAACAAGGCCAGCAAAGGCUACGAGGAGAACUACUUUUUCAUCUUCCGUGAGGGCGACGGGGUCUACUACAAUGAACUGGAGACCAGGGUGCGGCUGAGCAAGCGACGUGCCAAGGCCGGGGUGCAAUCAGGCACCAACGCCGUGCUGGUGGUGAAGCACAGAGACAUGAACGAGAAGGAGUUGGAGGCUCAGGAAGCCCGCAAAGCUCAGCUGGAGAACCAUGAGCCCGAGGAGGAAGAGGAGGAGGAGAUGGACUUGGGCAAAGAGGCCCAGGGCUCAGACGAAGAGCAGGAGAAAGGCAGCGAGAGCGAGAAGGAGGCCAGCGAGGGGGAAGAGGAGGAGGAAGAGGAGGAGGAGGAGGAAGGCCGGUCGGCCAGCGAGAGCGAGCGCGAGGCCAGCGAGGCGGAGGGGCCGGCCGAGGGAGAGGAGGAGAGCGAGGAGGACGAGCGGGCAGCCCGCGACAAGGAGGAGAUCUUCGGCAGCGACGACGACGAGGACUCUGAGCAGGAGGGGGGCCGCCCUGAAGAGGAGGAGGAGGAAGAGGAGAGCGGCAGCGAGGAGGAGGAAGAGGAGGAGGGGGGAGGCCGGCGCCAGCAGCGCCACGGGACCCGCAGCCCCCUCCUCAGCGGCAGCGACCGCUCCAACCACGAGGACGACGAAGAGGAGGAGGGGGGGGAGGCCAGCGCUAGCGAGGCCGGCUCCGAGUCGAGCGAGGAGGGCAGCGAGAGUGACUGAGGCCGCUUGUGGCUGCCGCCAGGGGAGGAGUCUUUGGGCUGGCAGUGCAGCUGCUUUCCUCAACUCCCCGGGGGGCUGAGGAGCGCAGAGGGUAGGGAUCGGGACCCUCCCAGGCCCCCCUCCCCCUGCUGUGGGGACUGAGUGUCGGAAGGACCGGGAGGAGGGGUUGUGUGGUCCCCUCCCGUGGGUCUUCUUUUCCCUGUUGUACAUAGCGUCCCGUAAGGAAAUUAAAAGUUUUGCUUUUUCCCCUUU